UAUAACUAAAAUUGCUGGAAAGGCGGGGAGUGCGUGAAAAGUGGAAUAUUGUUUGAAGUAGAGGUUAAAUAUAAAAAAGUCGCGGAUUAACAUAGGUAACGCCACGCAAUCGCGGUUGGUGAAGACGUUGCGUUCAUAGAUUGAAAUCCAUAGUAAUUAACAGUAAUUGAAAUUUGAGGAAUAACCUCGUUACUUGUGGACCGUAAGGUCUUCAACCAACAAAUCACAAUUUACAUUUUAAAAACGAUGCAGCAUUUCAUAAGAAAUAAAGAAUUGACGCAAGCAUAGCAGAAACUUUUGCACGUGGCUUUGGCCCUCAGCGGUGUCUUUGUGGAGCAACGUUGGACAUACCUGAAGAUUACUCACAGCAGUUGGAAUAUAACAUACUAAGAGGAAUAACCUGACUAUGGGGACUAGAUAUUGGGCUUGGAUCUUACAAAGGAAGAAAUUGAAACAAGGGCGAUCCUGGAGUUUUUAUCCUUUUAAAUUCGAUGCCAUAAAUAUGGAAAAAUGUGGUAUAUUAAAAGACUUUUUGUUUACAAAUUAUAAUGAGGAAGGACGUGUCCUUUAUCAAUUUUCGCAAGAGGAAACAACAAGAGAAGAACUUUUCAAGCGACUAGAAUUUUCAUCUGCUGCACAAAAAGUAAUAGAAGAAAGAAACAUUUCUCAGGAAAAGGUAAAAGAAAAUUUUUUAGAUAAAUUAGUAUUUGCAGUUAAUCAGCCUAAUAGAGAAGAACUGAACAGCAUUGUUAAAAGUGAAAUAAAAAAUAGUAAAGUUCAAGACAACUAUAUAGCAUUACAAGAAAGAAUAUUAUGCGAUUUAACAGCUCCAGAAAAACUUGGACCUGGCAUUAUAUAUGAAUUCAAUUUAUUAAUGUCCUUCUUGCAUGACAUGUUUUUGCAUAAGAAUAUGUUUUUCAUAAACUCUGAAGGGAAAAGCCUUGAUACGCCUAAUCAUAUUAUUAUUAACCGUAAAGAUAGAAUUACUUACGUAAAGGCUCAUAAUGCAGAUAGAGUUAUUGGUAAUAGUCAGUUAUUUCCCUCCAGAACACAGGAAAGGAAGAGUAAGUUUUCUAUUAAUAAGCAUUUUACUCUUUUCAUUGAAGAAUUAAGAAAAGGAUAAGAAUAUAGAAUAUUUUAUUAUCUAUACUAAUACAUGUCUAGAUCUUACAGAAGAAAAUAGAUUAAAAAAAGGGCAAUCCAAGGAUUUGCAUCCUUUAAAAUUUGAUAGUAUAGAUAUUCAAAAGAAGAAGUAUAAAAUUUUAAGAAAUUGUUCGUGUAUAGAUAAAAAUGGCCUUUAUCAAUUUUCACAGGAAGAAACAACCAAACUUUCAAGUCUAUUAAAGCUUCCGCCUUCUUUCCAAAGGGAAAAAGAAGAAGAAAGACUCUCUGAUGAGAAUGAAAAAGAAAUAAAAGAGAAAUUUUUAGAUAAACUAAUAUUUGCAGUUAAUCAGCCUAAUAGAGAACAACUGAACAACGCUAUAAAAAAUGAAAUAGAAAAUAAGUCUAAUAAAGUUCCGUAUAAUUACGAAGAAUUACAUGAAAUAGCCUUACGUUGGUCAGAAUCUCAUGAAUUUGGCCAUAUUACAAAAGGAAUAAUGGAAAAGCUUUUGGGAGAUAUAAAAAGUAAUAGAUCUAGUUAUCCGGAAAUUCAAGAUAAAAACAUUAAUGGAGAAAUAAAAUUUGCUAGAAGUGUGGUUGGUAGAGAAGGGACACCUGCAUUUAAUCAGUUCUUAGAUUUUUUAAUCAAAGGAGAAGGAAAAGAAUAUCUAAAAGUUCUGAAAGGAAAAGGAAUAAAUCUACCUAAUAUGUCCAGCAUUUUGAAUAGAGCAGGAAAUAAUGCUGUGCAAGCUUUUAAAGAGUUAUAUGAUCUUUGGUUUGAUGUAAAAGGAAAUAAAACACAAUAUUUAAAAUCUCUAGAAGAUGAAGGAGUAAAUCUAGCUAGGAUGUCCAGUGUUUUGAAUGGAGCAGGAAAUAAUGCUGCAAAAGCUUUUAAAGACUUAUACAAUCUUUGGUUUGAUGUAAAAGGAAAUAAAACACACUAUUUAAAAGCUCUAGAGGAGGAAGGAGUAAAUCUAGCUAGGAUGUCCAGUGUUUUGAAUGGAGCAGGAAGUAAUGCUGCGAAAGCUUUUAAAGACUUAUAUGAUCUGUGGUUUGAUACGAAAGGAAAUAAAACACAAUACUUAAAAACUCUAGAAGAUGAAGGAGUAAAUCUACCUAAUAUGUCCAGUAUUUUGAAUGGAGCAGGAAAUAAGGCUGCGAAAGCUUUUAAAGAUUUAUAUGAUCUGUGGUUUGAUACGAAAGGAAAUAAAACACAAUACUUAAAAACUCUAAAAAAGGAAGGAGUAAAUCUACCUCAUAUGUCCAGUAUUUUGAGUGGAGCAGGAACUAAUGCUGCAAAUGUUUUUAAAGAGUUAUAUGAUCUUUGGUUUGAUGUAAAAGGAAAUAAAACACAAUAUUUAAAAGCUCUUGAGGAGGAAGGAGUAAAUCUAGGUAGGAUGUCCAGCAUUUUGGGUAGAGCAGCAGCUAAUGCUGCAAAAGCCUUUAAAGACUUGUACGACCUUUGGUUUGAUGCAGAAGGAGAAAAGACACAAUAUUUAAAAACUCUAGAGAAGGAAGGAAUAAACCUAACUAAUAUAUCCAGUAUUUUGCAUGGAGCAGCUGCUAAUGCUGCAAAAGCUUUUAAAGACUUAUAUACUCUUUGGUUUGAUGUAGAAGGAAAGAAAAAACAGCAUUUAAAGCACUUUAUUAAGAAAAAUAAUGAGGAAAAAAGUUUUACGAUACAUAAUUUAUCCAGUAUUUUAAAUGGGGCAGGAGCUAAUGUUAAAGAUGCUUUUGAAAAAUUGCAUAGUGUUUGCUUUAACAACAAAGGAGAAAGAACAGUACUUUUAGAUGAUUUCUAUAAUGCAGAUUUUGAGCCAAGUAACUUGUCCUGCAUAUUAUGUGGAGCAGGAGUUCGUGCUUCCUCUAUUUUAAAGAGAUUGCACAGUGUGUGUUUUGAUCACGAAGGAAAAAGAACAGGACUUUUAGAUGAUUUCUAUAACGCAGGUUUUAGACCGGGUGAUUUGAGCAAUAUAUUGAGUGGAGCAGUAGAUAGUUUAAAGGAAUUUCAUGAUUUUUGUUUUACAGGAGAAACAAAAAUAUAUUUAAAUCAUUUUUUAAAUGAGAAAGAGGGUUUUACGCUGAGUAAUUUAUCUGAUAUAUUGCAUGGAACAAGAGCUAAUGUUUGUCCUGUUUUAAAAGAUUUUCAUGAUGUUUGUUUUGACGAGACGGGAAACAAAACACAGCUUUUAGAUGAUUUCUAUAAUGCAGGUUUUAGAUCGGAUGAUUUAUCCAAUACAUUAUCUAUGGCAGGAAAUAACGCCACUUCUGUUUUAAGGAAUUUUCAUACAUUAAGUUUUAGUAAAUAUAAUUAUUUAGAUCAUUUCUUAGCUGAGGAAGAACUUUUUACUCCGAAAGAUUUAUCUAGGAUAUUACGUGGAGUAGGAAUGAAUAUUUCUUCUAUCUUUGUAAAACUGCAUGAUCUAUGUUUUGAUAAGUCAGGAAACAGAACAGAUUACUUAGAUAGUCUUAUCAAAAAUAGACCGUCAAAUAAAAUUCUUGAUGUAUUAUAUGAAAGAGUUAGAAAAGCGUCUUCUACUUUCUUAAAUGGUAUACCAUUUCAACAACAAGAUAUUAGUAUAGGAGAAGAAAGCGAAAUGAAGUAUGAUGAUGAAGAAGAGUAUAUGGGUUCACGUAAUCAGAAUAAAAGUAGCACAAAGCAAAAACUUAGUCUAAAACAAAGCAAUUCUAGUUCCCAUAAGAGAAAAGUCGAAGAAAUAUUUAGUUCAAAACAGAAACGUAAACGUCUGUCAAGUUAGCACUACACUUUUCGAUAUUUCGAUUCUAUCGAGUAGGUGUAUAAUGUCAAGUUAGCACUACAUACCAUUUUUUCCUAAAAA